GCAGCAGCGGCGUUGCGCAGACCUGGCGUUGCGCAGACCUGGUGAAAACUACGCAGCCAUUUCUCUUAAUCUUGUUGUAAAGCCACAGGUCCGAGAAUGCAAAUACUGCAAUAGUGGCUGAUGUUGGGGCUUCUUUAUAUCUAAUUGAGAGACUAAAACUUUUUCCUCUCAUAAGCAUUGAGAGAAACAACCACAUAGGUAGCCUAUUAGGACGGGGUCGAGCGAUUCCAUACUAUAGCCAAAGAAAGUGCGCUUGGUAGACGCGGUAAUGUCUUUGAAUAUCACUGUGAAAAGUGAAGACUCCGAGUCCUUUGACGAAGAAGACGAAUCAUCUCCGCUACUUUCAGGCAAAAGAGGCUCCGAGUCUGCAGCUCGUGACGAUAUUUCUCCGGGAGAAGGCGGUCCAAUAGAAGACCAUGCAGGUUAUUCAACACAGCAUGGCCGGCUGGCAACUAACACGACCAGCAAACCCAUCGUACUGUUCAUGACCUUCCCGACCUCCUCUCCAGAGUUCUCCUACCAGGCCAUCGUGUACCUGAUCGGAGCAGUGGGGCGCCGCUGGAGCCUGUACGGGACCCGGGAGCGUUCGCAGCUCUUCCAGAGCGUGCAGAAGGAGUUGGAGGAGCAGGGUCACUGUCUCCCUGUUGAGAAGAUCCGCCGCAAGUGGAACAACUUGAUCGUCACCUAUAAGAGGGUCAAAUACAGAGGCAGGGAGACCGGCCAGGCCAGAACCUCCUGGGAGUACUUUGAGAUGAUGGAUGCCAUGCUUGGUGACACCAUCGGUGCCGAGACCACUAGCAGCCCUACCGUAGUAACCAGCAUCCCUAAGGUGAACGUCGCCACGGAAACCACCAAAACCGAGCAGAAGCCCCUUCUCCUUCCUCAUGGCAACCUCAUCACUGCCUGCACUCGGACACUCACCCUUGUCCCCUCCUCCCUCCCACUCCAUACACCAGUUCCCUCCACCCUCCCUCUCCACACCUUUGUCAGAUCCCCCCCCACCCCUGUCUGCUCCUCCCCCACCCCUGUCUGCUCCUCCCUCCCUCUACCCAACCCUUUGGACACACCCUCCCCCAGAAUAGCUAAUAACACAGACCCUGUACAGCCAAACCCCUCCCCUGCUCCGGUCGCACUGCCCCCUGCCUCCUGUCACAUCCCCUCCAACCUCAGCCGCGUGCACCUCCGCAGAAAGAAGCGCGGUCACUUCUCCUGCUCCACCUCCAAGGGCUCCUCCAUUACCUCCCCUCUGGUCCAGCAGCAGAAGCGAGGAGAAGGCACCUCCCUGCUGCAGGAGUUCCUGAGGAGGCGGGAAGGGCAUGCCGAGGAGGAGCAGGUCUGUCGCAGCAGGGCAGAGGCCCAGGGGAGGAGGUACGAGAGGAGGGAGGUGGCGUGGCAGAGUCCCUGGGAAGGAUGGCCACAGCUCUGGAGCUGCUCUCCUCCAAACAGGACACAGUCAUUGCCCUGCUGCAGAGACUGGCCGAGAGAGACGGGAAGUGACAGUCAUCGCCCUGCUGCAGGGUUGUCUCUAACUUCUAUAGCGAUAAUUAUGAAUAAACCCUGCCUAUUGUUGACUUUAUCUUCUUAAAAUUUGAUUUUAAACCUAACAUUAACCACACUACUAAUAUUAUGCCUAACCUUAAAUUAAGGACAAAAAGCUUAUUUUUGUUUUCAUGAAUGUUUACUUUGUGGCUAUAUAAUCUAGUGGAAACCCUUCUGCAGAGACUAGCUGACGUGACACUGUAAUCGGCAUACUGCAUGACUGGCCGAGAGAGACUGGGAGGCUGACUCAGCAUGCGACCGAAGUGGCAGUCUUUUUCGUUAUAUAUUGCGCUACUUAUGAGCUAAAACACAGUAAAACCCACCUGGUGUCCCAGGUCAAAAUCGAUCCCUGAUUAGAGGGGAAGAAUGAAAAUUAGCAGUGGAACUUGGUUCGAGGUCCACAUUUGAAUUUGCCUAAUGUAAGCAAAAGGGUUCGGAUGCAGACUUGGAUAAUGUUCAUUAAAAUGUGAAAAAAAAAA